ACCUGGUCGAGCCUGACUCGGAGCCCAGGAAGCUGGUUCGGUCGGGUCCAGUCCGUGAGGUAUCAGCUGCCGGUGAGUCUGACUAACCCGAGACUGAUCCAACGCCUGAAGUUCGGGCAUGUGGGAGAGAGAUGCGCUGCCCGGUCCAAGCUGAGGUGCCGGAACAAAUCGGCCCGACCCAGAAGUUACUGAACCUUUGAAGGGCUUCCCCAAGGACUGAUUCCCGGUUCCGAGGCGAACCGGGCCGCAUAACAUUAUUUGGAGAAAGGAGAUGAGGCCCAGUUCAAACACUGCUGACUGCAAAUAACUUUCUCAAGGGAAAGGGGAGACCAGAACCCAGCAGACCCAGGCCAGUGCAUCCAGGGAAGGAGAGAUCAGAAGCAGUGCACCAAGAGGAGGAGACUUCAGAAGCCAUUAGAAACAGGUCAAAAUACAGAAAGGGAAAAGCAACUGGAAUCCACCAGAAACGGGUCAAGCUACCAAAGGAAGAAGGCACCAGAACUCAGCCGAACCACGUUCAGGGGUCAAGGAAAGGAGAGAGCAGAACCCAGUCACCGUAUCAAGGAGACGUGUAAUUAGGGCCCAUCACUGACCCAGGUCUGCUUAUCCGAGGAAGGGGAAAGCAGGACUCGAGGACAGAUGAGAACAGAAUGGACUGAAUGGCGGAAGACGGCAACAGUUGACAGGGUUGAUCGUUGUGGAGAAAACAAGGCCAGAUCAACUUGCUUUGCGGGACUGGAUUCAGCCAAGUGAGUGAGGCUAAUUAGAGCCAAGGCUAGAGGGGUUUGUUCCAAAGCCUGGUUGGGGUUUCUACAUGUAACCACGUCUGGUUUGUGUGAGGAGCCCGGAAGCAGAAGGAGAGAGCACAUCGGGCAAUGCCAGAGAUGACCCAGCCCAGCGAUGUGCUAACACCUCCUCCCACUGCCAGCGCUUCCAUGGAUGGCAAUGUAGUGGCCAUCAUCAUAGCUGCAACAGUUUCUUCGUCUGUGUUUGUAGUGGCGAUAUUGGUGCUGCUACUGCUCUUGUACCACCGGGACCCCCUGUGCUGCCAGUUCCUCUGCUCCUGCCGUUUCUUUCAGAGUCCCAGCCAAUAUGAUUGUCCUCCUCCAUACUUCAGCAGUAACCAGCGGCUGGUGGGACCCCCAGCGGGAGCACAGCCAUUGGAGAGCCCUGCCGAGAAUCCUGGGGUGCAGGGAGAUGAACUAUUCUGCGUUGGAUCCCCCAGCAGCUAUCAGCUCCCGCCCUGGGAGCAGCUCCGCUUGCCAAGCUACGAGAGCGUGCGGAAGAAGGAUCGGCAGCGGGAGAUCCAUCAGCUGAUUGCCGAGAGGUUUGGACUGUGGGUAGAGCCCUCCCAGGAGCUGCCACCUCCUUAUGAGCAAGCCCUAAGGCAUCCUCCAGCUGCCCCAGGAACUGGAGCAGGGUCAGAGUUACCAGAUGGACACAGAUUGCUGGACACGUUCCAGGCCUCCAUCAACUACCAAACUCAAAGGAACACAGCUGUGUAGAACGGGAAUCAACCCUGGAACACCUCCCCUUCCUUCUGUGGCAAGGUCAGCAGGGCCUGUGCUGUCUCUCCCUUCCAGCAGGGCGGAAUGGAACUUCAUGCCUUCAUCCAGUCACACACAGCUGAGAACCCCUUGUGCAAAUCACAGGCAAAGCAAUGGAGAUUUCCAUCAACUCACUCCCCUACAAGAACGAAGGUGGAGUGACUACCAGGAUCGAUUUAGCAGCCAUCUCUCUCUCCCAGAAACAGUGGACUAAACCUGAGGGGAUUUCUGCUCCACUAUUUUCACUCUAGUAACCUUAUCUUAACCAAAGACCAUGGAAUAAUCCUCAGCCAUUUCUGUUGUACGUGAGGGGGCACAGCAAAGGUGAUGGUCCACUCAGCCAAGGACGCUGGAGCAAAGGCAUGGGGCUGUUUCACUGUAACGUACGCCUCUGUGAGGCUGCAGCAGCUACUGCCGCACACUCCAAGUAUUAAACCUCAGAAGCUAGGCAUCUCGUCCUCAAAUGCUUUAUCUUAUCUACUUCUUAUGUUGUAAAAACAUUUACCUUAUCAGGUACCAGUGGGAAUCCUGACCUGCAGGUGACAGAAUGAAUGUAUUUGUCCUAGAGCUGCUAUCAUCAAAUCAUAGUUCCCUGCUCCACAUUCCUCGGGGAUUUAAAAAUGCUACGUGGAGGAAGGCUUGUAAGUUCCGACAAGAUAAAGGUUCAGCAAGGGCUAGGACUCUUGGGAUUGUACAGCAAGUUACUCCACAAUGCUGUAAACAAAGGCAGAGAACAGCCGCAUUUCAGAACAGCAUGAGCUGUGUGCCAAACCGUGCAGCUGGGACUUCACUCUGAAAGGUGCAAGGGUAGAACCAUGCUGAUGACACCCUAAGUUACUCGGUUCCCCUUCAUAAACAAAUGGCUAUUUGAAUUCUGGACAUCAGAUCAUCUGAUUUCCCCAGUGCUGAUGUAACUGCAACUCAGAUUUUCAACUACUUUUUUGUAUUUCAGGACAAACUUUUAAAAUGUUGUUUACAAUGUUGUAGAUAAAACAGGGCCAGUCCCAUCUGUCUGCUGUGUGACUGAGUGCUGUGGAAUGACUGCAGCCUGACAAGACUGAAGUUUUGUUGUUUGGAUUACGCCUCUUUCACCCUUCAGCUGACGAGUAUGAUGCUCUCACAGACUUCUUUGCCCAGUUGGGAGUUCCAAACUUAGACAAAUUAGCUUUGGAACUGUGAGCACAUCACCUCCUCUAAGUCAAGGGGGCAUGGAGUUAAUCUGUUGACAAAACCUAAUCAGGCUUUCAUGUCUUAAUAGUUCCCCCACCACACACACACACUUUUUUUUUGGGUGGUUACAAGAGGGGAAGGGAAAGUUCUCUUCUGCGGUAUCUGGAACCUAAACACAACAGUAUAGUGUCAGUGACUGAGAACCAGGAAGUAAAAGUGACUCCCUAAAAAAAUGAUUUGAAGUUUACUAAUCUAAAGAGGCAGGAGGCCGGGAUAAGGAUUUUUUUAAAGGCACACUAUGCUAGAAAUUAU